AACCCUAAUCGCGUAUGAUUUCUUUCUUUCUUCUCUGUACCGUCGCUUCUUAAUUUUCUCUCUCACACUCUCUUUCCGCUCUCUUUUUGCGGUAAUCCCCUAAGUUUCGAACUUUGUUUUUCUUCUCGAGUCAAUUCCAAUGGAGACACCAUCAUCCGCAAGAAGAGUCACAAGAUCACAGACCUUGGCUUCUUCCAACGGCAACAGCAUUCCUCUUUCAAGUGACUAUUUCAGAAAAAUGGAGGAUUCUGAAAAGAGCAUGUCAAAGUCAAGGCAAAGAAGUACACAAAAGCAGCAAGAUCGAUCAGCGCUGAUCGACAUAACAAACGAUUCUCCGAUCGUGGGGUUGGCGAAUGGGGGAAGUCUGGAGACCCCCUUGGGUGGGAAGCAGAGGGGAAGCAGCAGCAGGGUGAAGAAGACGCCGGGUUCCGGCGAGGCGCUGCUAAGGGGUCAGGUGAAGACGCUGUUGCAGAAGGUUGAAGAAGAAGCUGUGCUUUCCAAACUCUCACUUGAAAGCCGUCCUUUUCUUCAACUAGUGACUUCUCCAAUGGGUCUUCUUGCUCCAACCCCUGCAAACACCCCACAAAUCCCGAAUCUUUCGGGUUCUUUUGACACUGGUUUGGUUUCUGUCACACCUUCUCCCAUUGUCCAAGAGCAGUUGAUUUCUCAGGUGGUGAAUCAUAUAUUUGAGGGGAAGAAUGAAGAGAACUCCGAAUCUGAAAAGAGUUUGAUAACAAGGUCAUUACUUCUUGAUUUCUCUGAAAAAUCUGAGAUAUCCGAAGAAUGCUGCUCUGAGCUGAGUGAAGUGAUGCAAGGAAGUGUGGAUAGUAGCUGCAACACACAGAAGACCAUUUCAGAGGACGACGAUGCUUCAGUUUGGUCGAUACAGGUGAAUGCAAGCACCCGUGAUGAAGAAGAUGAGGAGGAGGAAGUAGCCGAAGAAGAGGAGGAGGAAGAUUACUAUGAGGAUGUGGAAGAAGAAGGAGGAUAUGAUGUUGAUGAACUGUGUGAAGGCUUGAACAAGAUAAGCAUGAAUGAAGGUAGCACAUAUGCAGGGAAGCACAUAAGAUUUGUAUACAACAGUGAUGACGAGCUCAUCAAAGAAGAAGAGGAAGGAGGAAACAGUUCUUCUUCUUCUUCGUCGUCGUCUUCGCCAAACGUGAUGCAUUUGAAAGGAUUGCCAACCCCAAAAGGAAAGCAUCUACGCUUUUCGGAGGAAGAGGAAGGGAAAUAGGAUGAGAAUUUCUGCCGGUUGUCUCUUUUGACACCAUUUUAAGCUUUUUAAUACCUUGUGUUUUUUGUUCCUUUGGCUGGAUUGGAGUACAUCUGACUUGCUUUGUCAAUUGAAACCAGUUAGCGACCACAAUUGGUGUGGUCAAAUACCACAAUAAAAUAGUUUCCUUUAUUUUAAUAUUUUUACUAAA